CCCGCAGCGGACCCGAGGCUGCUGCUGUGUGUCUGGUUGUGCCUUUUCCUCAAAUAAAAGGCUCUUCUAAGAGGAUAACGUACGAGCGACUUACACGGACAGGCUUUCCGCUCCUGCUUAACCGUUUUCCCUUUUUUUUGUAUAUGAUGGCUAAGCUAAUCUAGCAGGCUAACACUACAGUGACUUUUCCUCUACCGGAAGAAAACCAGAGAGUGCAGUCAAUGUUUCCUCCUGAUGGCUUUAACUUCUGCAGCUGGAAAAGCAGCCUGGCGUGAAGGUGACAGCUGUCUGGCUCUGCACCCAAGGGAUGGUACUCUGAGAGAAGCCACUAUCCAGAGACUAACCUCCACCUCUCUUAAUGAGGACACAGCAUGGGUGAUAUUUAAAGACACUAAUAAAGAUGUGGAAGAGCAAGAGAAGGAAGCCAUACCGGUCUCAAAACUGAUGAGACCUGGUUUGAGUGACUUCAUGCAAGAGAAACCUUGGUUUCCUACCAGCCAGAUAGGCCCCAGGUUAUGUGUCCCUUUAGAACUGAGCGAUGUUGAUGAAGACCGAGUCCCUUACACAAUCAAUAGAUACCUUAGAGAUUACCAGAGGGAAGGUAUCAGGUUCAUUUACAAUAACUACAUCCGUUCCAGAGGUUGCAUCCUGGGAGAUGAUAUGGGCCUGGGAAAAACUGUACAGGUCAUUGGUUUUCUUGCUGCCGUAUUGCACAAAACAGGCACAUGGGAGGACAUUGCAAACAACAGGCCCCAGUUUCUGCAGAGUCAGCUGCCAUCUAAGCAAAGUAAUCCCAGCAAAGUGUUCCUUAUUGUAGCCCCACUGUCAGUGCUUUACAACUGGAAAGAUGAGCUGGACACAUGGGGUCACUUCCAGUGUGUGGUGGUCCAUGGACUGAGGAAAGAGGAAGAGCUGGCCCGUAUUAAGAAGGGGCGAGUUGAAAUUGCCCUCACUACCUAUGAGACACUUCGUCUCUGCCUGGAUCAGUUUAAUAAGAUUGACUGGUCUGCUGUGGUUGUGGAUGAGGCUCACAAGAUAAAAAAUCCAAACUCUCAGAUCACUCAGGCCAUGAAGGAGCUAAGAUGUAAGAUCAGAAUUGGUCUCACUGGAACCAUCUUACAGAACAACCUUGAGGAGCUGUGGUGUGUUAUGGAUUGGGCCAUACCAUGGUGUCUUGGCAGCUUAGGACAUUUCAAGAACACAUUUUCAGACCCCAUUGAGCAAGGGCAGAGGCACAGCGCAACCAAACGUGCUCUUGCUACAGGGAGGAAAACUGUCAGAGCCCUGGUGAGGAAGAUUUCUCAUUGGUUCUUUAGAAGGACUAAAGCUCUUAUCAAAGAACAACUGCCUAAGAAGGACGACAGGGUGGUGUAUUGCUCUAUGACAGACUUUCAGCAGACUGUGUAUCAGGCAGUGCUGGACACUGAAGACGUGACAUUACUGCUGAGGUCAUCAGAAAAAUGUGAUUGUCAUAGUGGACGCACCCGCAGAAGCUGCUGCUAUAAAACAAACUCUGAUGGUGUUCAUAUGAAGGAGCUGUACUUUAGUUAUCUGGCCAUAUUGAGGAAAGUUGCCAACCAUGUCGCACUGCUUCAGUCUACUUCAGGCACCAGCAAGAAACAGGAAAAGUAUGUGAGUGCCAUUUGUGCAAAGGUGUUCCAGAAAUUUCCAGACUUUGUGCACAGAUGCAAAAAUGAAGCAUUUGAAGCCCUGUCAGACCCAAUGUACAGUGGGAAAAUGAAGGUGCUGCAGAAGCUUCUCAAAUUUUAUCUGCAAAGGAGAGAUAAAGUACUUAUUUUUUCCCUCUCAACCAAGUUGUUAGAUGUGCUGGAGAGCUACUGCAUGGCUGAGGGUCUGGACUUCACCAGAUUGGACGGCUCCACCAAAUCCAAAGAGCGUGUGCAGAUCGUCAGAGACUUCAAUAGCUCCUCUCACAUCAACCUCUGCCUGGUUUCCACCAUGGCGGGUGGCCUUGGUCUUAACUUUGUUGGUGCUAAUGUUGUGGUGCUGUUUGACCCCACCUGGAACCCAGCCAAUGACCUUCAGGCUAUUGACAGGGCAUAUCGCAUUGGCCAGUGCAGGGAUGUGACUGUCCUUAGGCUAAUCUCAUUGGGGACCGUAGAAGAGGUCAUAUACCUGCGACAAAUUUACAAACAGCAAUUGCAAUGCUCGGUAGUUGGCAAGGAGAGCUCCCGGCGGUAUUUUGAAGCAGUGCAGGGGCGUGAUGACCAUAAGGGUGAACUGUUCGGGAUCAAAAACCUCUUCAGGCUGCAAACCCAAGGGACAUGUCUCACCCGCAAGAUUCUAGAGAGAGAAGGGCAAGUGGAGGCUGGUGUUAUGAUGAGUACACACACAGGCAAAGACAAGGAGGAGGAGACAAAGGGAGCUGGCGAACCUGGAGGUUCUUCAUCUACAAAUAUCCUUGGACCCAGUGAUAAACCAGUGACGGAGAUCAGCAGUGCAUCAAAGGUCCCCAGAGGGGUGCUGGACUUCAGCAGUGAAGAGGAUGAGGAGGAGCAGGGGCUCAAGAGAAAGGCCUCAAACCUCAGUACAGAUGAUUGCAACAGGAGUCCUGGUCGAAUGAGUCUCCUCCAGCAUGGGUUCUCCAAACUCCUUGAAAGGGUCAAAGAAGCACCAGAGUUAGAAGGGGAAACAAGUCCAGAGGAGGAAGGAAGCUCCUUUGAGGAAGAGGAUAAAAAGAGAGAAGACACAUCCACCCCCAGUAGAGGAAAUAUCGGUCUCCCUUUAGGAACAAAAACGUGGGACACAUCCAGCAGUUCAGACAGAAAACAUGGAGCGGGUGGAGAUAAGGGGAGACAAGACGACACAGGCCUUAAACAGUGGAUAAGUGAAAAAAGGACUGUGGAUGAAGACAGCAAUAAAAACUCUAAACUAGACAAAAAUAAAGUUAAUGAGCUCAAAACAGCAUUUCCCAAAAAACACAAUUUUGAGGGUUACUCUGAUGAAUCUGAAGAUUUCGAUCUAGAGGCAAAGACGUGGUCGAAGAAGGAUGAUUUAAAUUUACAUGAUAGAGGAGAGAAGGGAAGUGGAAGGCUAAACCACAAUAAAAAGAGGCAAAGUGAAAGGGAUGAAAGAAGAUCAAAAUACACAGUAAAUAUAGAGACAUUCUCAUCUUCAGAGGACGAAUAUGCAAGUCCACAGACAGAAAGAUCCAGAGUUGAACUGCAAAAACAGAGGCGAAGAGCUGCAACAGGCACAGCAGAGAAAGAAGCAGUAAUGCCGAAGGCUGCUUCAUUCACAGGUCUGAAAAGUCAGACGUCCCUGGUAUCUAAGGAAAAGAAUGGAACUAUUGACAACGUGCUAGGAGAUGUGCAGGAGGUGGUGUACACCCACUCUAACCAGCGCGUGGUGGGUGGGAGCAAAGCAGAGGAGCUGAUCAGUAGAGCUGCUGUACGGGAUGUGUUUGAACGCAAAAUGUACUCGCAGCUCCCAGCCAAUCACCUCAGCACCCAAGAGAGUUUGUCAGCGAGCUUGCCAGACAGUGAGCCCUGCCAUUCCACUAUCAAGCCGCAGGAGCUCAGUGUGGAUCAUCCAGUCAUCUUUACCAGCAAGAGUGUGCACCACACCAGACACAACACCUUCAUCAUUGGCGAGACUCCCAAAGCCAUUUGCAGGCAACAGCUGGAGGAAAUGGCAGAAAAAUUCAAAUUUCCCUCAGUUUACCAGUUUGCUGUUGAUAUUCUGAGAAAAAAUUCAACCCACAGGCUGGCCUUGCUUCAGCAGUAUUACACUUCAUUGAACCUCCCUGACUUGGCGGAUACGGUUAAAAAGAACUUCCCACAACCUGUUUCAGCACAAGCCUCCCCCUCAGCUGCUACCUCAGAGACCAGAAAUCCACAAAAGAAUGUUUCAGAACUCACAAAAAACUCGAUAUUUGCUCAAAAGAAUCCCAGAGCUAAACGUGAAACGUCGCAAAACAAAGCAUCUGUGCCACAGAAAAAGGCUAGAAACUCAAAAGGGGACGCUUCAAAACCUUGCAAAAAGCAAAGAAUCUCACAAAGGAAUGUGCUGGAACCUCUAAGUGAUGUUCCAAGUCCUGAGUCAGAGGAGCAGGACGAGAUGGUCUGCAGUGCCAGAGGACUCAAGCGGACAAAGGGAGGUAGUGUUUCUACUUCUGGAGCCCACAUAGCUGGUGAUGGUCUUGGCGGCAAUCGAGUCAGCAGCAGUGGUCUGGGGUCUGGGGAGGCUGCUGCUUGCCUGAACUGCACAGACAGAGAUGCCCCUUCUUCGGACCUCAGCCAUGGCAGUUCCACCGUGGUAUCCAAACCCACAGCGCAAGGAAGAGAGCAAGAGCAGAAAUCAUCUUUGAGGACGAGUGAAACUUUGCAAGGGCAGAGAGAAAAUUCUGAGGCUCCUUCUGUCUCCACCAGUCACUCCUUCCUAACAGAUCUGAUAGGAGAUACCUCCAUCCUAGAUGACUUGCUAAAACCCAAAUCCAAGAGUGCUCAACACAAGAGCACCCCCAAAACACCAUGUGUAGUUUCUGCAAAUGCCAGUCUCACCACGCCUUCACCAUCCACAAUCACUCCUGAUCCCAAUUCAAGCUUACGCACCCAAACUACACACCAGUUCAAAACAUCAGCACAGGCACCGAAGGGGAGUCGCAAGGACUUCUGGGAGAUCCUGAAUGAGGGUAAUGAGGAGAGUAUCAAUAGAUUAACAGACCCAGAAGAAGUGCAGAGAGUUUGUGUCACCACUAACUUUGCAGCUAGAACUGUGUCAGCAGAGAAGGAGAGCAAGAGUCUCUGGAAAACUAAUGAGAAGUUCCUGUGGAAAAAAUAACAUUUUAAGUUGUAACCAUGAACAUUUUUGCAGUUCUCCAGUUUUCUCAUCAAAUUUUAUGUUUUUUUUUUUUUUUUUGUUUCAUUUGAUUGAAUCUUUUAAUUUGUCUUUGUUGUUUACUUAUUUAAAAAAUUUAAUGUUCACUGAGUGAAUUCUGAACACAAUAUUGUUUGUUACAGAAAUAAACUUGGGUUUAGUCACUCUAGAAAAGAUUUAACUGAAUCUUAGAGAAGCAGUUUUCAUAAAAGUAUAUGCAUGUUGCUUUAUUUCUGCUUUUUUUUUUCACCUACACAUAACUUCCGGCUGAACACUAUACUUUGUCAUCGUAGUUGUAA